GAUCUUCUUGUUCUUUCAUUCUUAGAAAUUAUUGAAAUGCCUAAUUGGUAACUAUUCGCUUCGUUUAAAUUAUAAACAAGAAAGUUGUCUCAAGGUCCAGUGUGCCUGAAAUCUCUAAAAUGGAGCAGAUAGCUAGGCACCCCCUUCAGCGACUCGCCUCACCAUCCCGGCGGGUUUCAUUAUUGCUGCAUACUGCUGGCAUUGCCUCGUUUCUGUCAUCCUUUCGAUUUCUCGCUCAGUGGGAGACAGAAAUUGCAGCCGCAUUUGGGGGGCAUUUCCAAUUCCUAACCAUCAUUGGCCUCUCACUCGCUCUCUUCACAUUUGUUGUUGGUCUUGCUGCUGACCUAACAUUAUCGCCGGCCCUCUUCCAAGCAAAGAACUUAUUUGCCGUGUGCUCGGCACCGUUGGAAGUGCUCAUCACUAUACUCUUUUGGGGACUUUGUGCAAUUGACAAGAGUCUCGUAUUCCCACCGGAAUCCGAACUUACCCUGAUACCAAACUUGGGUUUCCAUGCAGCCCCUGGUUUAUUCCUUGCUUUGGACUUGCUCUUGCUGAGUCCGCCGUGGACUAUAGAUGGCUUUGUGGCCGUAGCUCUAAGUCAAACCAUAGCUUUUCUAUAUUGGUUUUGGGUUGAGUACUGCUACAGACAGAACGGCUGGUAUCCUUACCCAAUUUUUGCUCUACUCAACACUUGGCAACGAGCGGCGUUGUUCACAUUCUCGGCUUUCUUAAUGACUGGCAGUACCAUGUUGCUCAAGUGGUUGCACGGGAAGGUGAACGGUGUCCUCACCGCAGGUGUUCGAGCAAAGACUGAGUAGGCCGAUGAUAUCAUAGUUUCAGACUUGGUAGUAGUGCAAUACAACGUGUGUACGGACGAGAGAGCCGACAGAGCCGAGAGAGCCUUCCAAUUGUAUAUAUAUAUGUUUAUAUUCACUUGGAUUUGCUGUGCUACUCAUCUGGGCAUGACGUUGCCU